CGGGUCUUUCCUAGAAUAAGUAUAGCCUACAGUAGCAAUUCAUACCCGAAUCAUCCUUUGUGCGGGUUACGCAUUAAGUCAAAGUCGGAGUGAUCGCCAGUAGGCUAUCACAGAACCCAGCUGUCAUUUGACAUAGUCUGUGCAUACGACUGCACGUAGCUUACGCACAGACCAGCCCCCCUUUUCACUAGCGGCACGGCACCUCGGCUGGAGACACUGACAGCGGCAUCUACUGCUCCUCCGGCGGAAUCAACGAAAGACUGACGUUUGCGGAGGCAGAAAAUAGCUUAAUCCUGUUGGGAUGCCGGCUUCAGUGGUUUUCUUUGAAAAAAAGGCUGCUUACCUGGAGUGCUCUUCCAUUGCAUUACCCAGCUUUGCUGCGUAGCGGAGAGGACAGGAGAAGAGAGGAGUGAGCCCAACGCCUCACGGUGAACAGGCAAACCGACAGGGACCAGAGUUGACAGGCCGAACAUGGCAGCUGUGGAGCCCAGAGGCAGGCCAAGCCCGGCGGACACCCGGCCAGCCAGAGGGCCUGGGGACGAGGAGGGGCUGAUCUACAUGCAGUGCUGUGGCCAGGAGGACGUGGAGGUGCGAGAGAGCCAGAGCCAGGUGUCUGCUUACCUGCCCGCAGCCACACCCCUCACCUGCACAGGCUCUUCCAACAGUUUCCGAAGUCCAGAAUCGGUGGAGAUGGAUGAGAUCAUGGCUGCAAUGGUGCUCACAACUCUGUCCUGCAGUCCUAUGGUGCACAGUCCCCCCCAGAAGGACCUACUUCCAGCGUCCUCAUUAUCAGGUGACAUGGAAUGUGGCGGGGGAGAGCUCUCGGACAGCGGCAGCAGUGGUUACUGGAGUUGGGACCAUGGCAGCGUGAGUCCUGCCCCUUCCCUGUCCGUCACAGAGAUGGAUGGCAGCUUGGGUCAGGCCCCUGAUGAAGGCCUUCACAUGGAGAUGGAUUCUGGAGGGAGCGAAGCCCGGAGGUAUAAGGGCUCUGGCAAGGGGGCUUACAGGUGUCUGUGGCCUGGCUGUGGAAAGGUGCUCAACUCCAGAGUGGGCAUGAAGAGACACAUCCAGCUGCACCAUCUGGGAGUGGGAUCGGAGCACUCCCAGCAGGAAGAGGACUUCUACUACACAGAGGUCUCCUCAGAAGAGGAGCCUGCCCCUCCGUCGCCGGCACCCACCAUGUCCAGCAGCCCCUGGGCCUCCUGUGGCUCUUCGUCGGGCGCCAGCACACCGGGGCCCCAGGCUUCAGCUUCGGCCUACUCCAGCCCCCUCAGUCAGUCGGCACCCAGUAGUGUGUGGCAGAUUCACACGGAGCAUCUCUACCAGGCCUGCGCACCCAUCCAGGUGACUGUGUCCUCGGGAUCCCCCUCCUCAUGUUGUUGGACCCCCUCGAGUGAAGCCCAGCACAAACCCCAGGUGUUGGCGUCUCGCAGUCGGUCGGUCAGCGUUGGAGAGCAGUGGCUGCAGAGAAACAGCGCCCCCACCAGGUCACAUACCAUCAGCGCAUCACCCUCACGCAACCAUUGCACUUUCAGGAAGGGGCGGGGCGAGGCCAAGAAGUGCCGCAAGGUCUACGGGGUGGAGAGACGGGACCAGUGGUGCACAGCCUGCCGCUGGAAGAAAGCCUGCCAGCGCUUCCCUGACUAAAGCACUUACACAGACUAAAAAGAGAUUUUCAGAGAGAAAGGAAGACAUGGAAAUGAAAGAGAAUGAGAGAGAGAAAGAGAGAGAGAGAGCGUGAAAAAGCACGGAAGAGAGACUCACGAUGCAUUAUAGCACUAUAGAGGACACAGGAUCAGCCUCCUUCCACUUUUGUACUUGUAAUUCUUUAUUUUUUUGUGGUGGUGUUCUUUUUCCUACAAGAGCUAUAAGAUGUUUUGUUUUUGUUGUUCUUGAUCCCCACCUUUCUGGGUCUUUUGUACAUGCCCUUUGCUGGAGAGCCGGUGCUAGGAGACACUUGGUGUGGUAGGCUCUCCUGAAAACCUUCCUCAUCCCCCUUCACCCCUCGCUCAGAGGGCUAUGUAGGUCCUUUGCACAAAGAAUUUCAGUGUCAAUCUCCUCACCCGGUUAAGAAGAAGAAGAAGAAGAAACAAGUGUUGUCGUUUUACCAGAACCCCUUCAGAUUCUUAAUCAGAGUUAUGGUGUUACUUUAGUAUCGGUAGCUAUACAUUAUAUAUCUAUCUAUAUAUAUAUAUAUUGUGUACAGUGCUUUUCAUUUGAACCCUUUUCUUAUGUUUAUUUUUUUAUCAUUUAACAUUGUAUUUUGUGUAUUGUCAUUGUAUGAUUUCAUUGUUGGACUACCGUUUUGUUUUGUUCUUCUUUUGUUUAAGCGUUUCUAUGAUGGUUGUGUUCAAAGUUUAGCUAAUAAUGGCUUUUUGCCAGCUUAGUUCUUCCCAUUCUAAAUCUUCCACAGAAAAGUGUUAGUCUUAUUUGUAUACUGGACCAUUACUCCCUGGGAACAGAGGUGACGAAAGGAUCUGAAGUUGUAAACGAUCGCUUUUCAGUGUUUAAAAGAAGGGCGAUUUUUCGAGCAUGCCGGAGAAAGAGAGAGAGGUGAACGAGUAAGAAAGGAGAUGACAUGCUUAUCGUCUGUGCAUGACAAUCCACCAGAGAAAUAGUAAACUAUUUUAUUGUUA